AUUUAGACUAACGAGCUGGGAAUAAGACUUAAUUGCAGUUCGCACGCAGGUGUAUGCUGUGAUCUCCGAGGAUGAACGACCAUAACCCGUUGAUGCAGUCCACGACUAGUGUGACACCAUCAACCGUCAUUCGACGUUAUGAGAAUGGAGAUCCUUUGGAAACACUUGCACGAGAGUGGUCUUGUGCUUCAUGCGCAUGUGUGUUGGGUGUCGUUCAUCUCUCUUUCGGCGUGACACUCACACUCAUCGACAUGAUUACAACUACAGUGUCUAAUACACCAUUCGCCAUAUCAGCAGCAAUCGUAUACAUCAUUACUGCGAUCCUUUGCUUCAUAGCAACAGGACGUGUUGAUCGCUGCACACAGUUUAUGCUCGUGAUAUUCUCCUUAGCAGGACUUGCCAUAUCAUGUGCCAUUUUUGUGGAUAGCGCCAUCGUUCUCAAUUCCACGUGCACUCCAACAAACUACGACGAGAACGAAUUAGUUGUACAUUCAAUGAUGGUCAUUAUCUGUUUGACCGAACUUCUCACCUGCUUCUGCACAAUGCUCGUCUGCUUCCGCUCACUGCGUGGGGCAGUAGCCGUCUCGAAAGCAUAUUCUCCUUAUAGCACACUGAUAGUCGGCGACUAUUCGACACUGAAACGGCCGGAACGUAUACUCAGGCCAAAAUUUGCUUAUCUGCCUCGUCGAGCAGCACAAUUAUUGCAGUGA